AAGCGACUUACGAUGGCCAUCUCAUUGUCCUCAUUCUCAUUCUUCCGAUAUAUCUCCACGCGCGAUAUCAUCGAAUGAGUUGUGCUGAUUCAACCAUUCCCCAUUUCUGACAAAGUUUGCCUCUUCAUAGUUGUGCCGAAAUCAGUCACGGAUGACCGUGUUCUUGGAAGCCUCGUUAUCUUGCUACGAGUCGGCUUCCCCGGCUGCUAGUAGAAUCGUCAUGAUGAUAAGCAUCUUGCAUGAAUGCAUUACAUCCGUAUUAUUGUUGUUCGCCAAGGCAUGAGCUUUCGGCACAUGUGGUCCGUAGAAUGCAUGAGGCAGCUCAGGACGUGUGGCGCCAUGAUAUCAGCCUAACAAUUGAUUCUUGUAUUAGCGGUAUCAGCAUGCCUGCAACAACAUCAGUCACACUCAACACUGGAGCAGCCAUGCCCACGGUCGGUCUUGGCACAUGGAAGUCAAAGCCCGGUCAAGUCGAACAUGCUGUUGAAUUCGCCUUGAAGAACGGAUACACGCACAUCGACACUGCUGCUGGGUACCAGAACGAAACAGAAGUCGGACAGGGGAUCAAGGCGUCCGGUCUGCCGAGGGAGCAAGUCUUCCUGACCACGAAGCUUGAUAAUCCCGAUCAGAGGCACCCAGCAAAAGCUCUUGAGGCAUCGCUCAAGAAACUUGACACUCCCUAUCUGGACCUCUGGCUCAUGCACUGGCCAGCUCCCAUGACAAGAGAUGGUAAACCCGAUAGGGAACAUAGCUGGUUGGACACCUGGAAAGCUAUGGAAGACCUAUACAUUGCUCACCCAGAGAAACUGAAGGCCAUUGGUGUUUCCAAUUUCUCCGUGGAGUUCUUUGAACGCUUGCUGAAAGUUGCUCGCGUCGUACCGGCCGUGAACCAGAUUGAGCUCCACCCUUCGUGUCCUCAAGAUGAUGUCGUCGAGUACUGCCAGAGCAAGGGAAUUGUGUUGACGGCUUAUUCUCCACUGGGAUCCGACAAUUCCCCCUUGUUGAAAAACGAGACAGUUACAAAAAUCGCAGCAAAGCCCAUGCACACUGUGCUUCCCAAGUCCGUGACCAAUGAGCGUAUCUUGAACAAUGCGAAGAUCAUAGAUUUGACUCCUGAGGAAAUUAGCGAGCUUCAUGACAUUGAUAAAACGCACCAUUUCCGUGCCUGUCACCCUUCUUGGACAGGUUUCGGUGGUCUUGGAUUCCCUGAUUGCAAUUCUAUGAUGGGGAGACCAUGAUAGCAGAAUGCGUACUACUCAGUGCCGACCAAAGGGGAUCGCUUGUUCUUCUAAUGAUUGUGACAAAUUUGAUGAUCAAUCUACGAGAACAGUUUCUUGUAUGACUUCUUCUCCCUCUCCCUUUUGUCCUUCUUCUUCUGCCUCACUUUCGCGAGCUCCCCCAGGAUCGCAGGGUCUUCAGGUGCAAGCUGACUAGCAGC